UGGUAGUGGCACUUGACGCUUUAAGGUGACAUCCUGACAACGUCAAAACUUGAUUAUUUGCAAGUCAGUUACUAAACAACCCAAGUCAUCUCGGCAUUGUAAAAAUCGGUUCAAACCUUUCGUGUUCCUUGGUUCCCGAAUAUAAGGAGACUACAUUUAUAAUGGACAGAUUACUGAGAUUGGGUGGUGGAAUGCCGGGUUUAAGUCAGGCGCCUCCUGCCAGUGAUGCCCCAGUUGUGGACACUGCAGAGCAGGUGUACAUUUCCUCCCUGGCCCUUCUGAAGAUGUUAAAACAUGGAAGAGCUGGAGUACCUAUGGAAGUCAUGGGCCUUAUGCUAGGUGAAUUUGUAGAUGACUACACAGUGAGAGUGAUAGAUGUUUUCGCCAUGCCGCAAACAGGUACUGGUGUAAGUGUGGAAGCAGUUGAUCCAGUUUUCCAGGCGAAAAUGUUGGACAUGCUCAGACAAACUGGAAGGCCCGAAAUGGUAGUGGGUUGGUACCACUCUCAUCCAGGGUUUGGAUGUUGGCUCUCAGGAGUCGACAUAAACACCCAGCAGUCCUUCGAGGCUUUGUCCGAACGUGCUGUUGCUGUUGUGGUUGAUCCAAUUCAAUCUGUUAAAGGCAAAGUUGUUAUAGAUGCAUUUAGAUUGAUAAAUGCAAACAUGAUGGUACUCGGUCAAGAGCCUCGCCAGACCACGUCCAAUCUUGGGCAUCUUCAAAAACCAUCUGUGCAGGCUUUAAUUCACGGCCUUAACAGGCAUUACUACUCAAUAAGUAUUAAUUACCGGAAAAACGAAUUAGAACAAAAGAUGCUAUUAAACUUGCAUAAAAAGUCUUGGAUGGACGGACUAACUCUAGCUGAUUAUUCGGAAAAUUGUAGCACCAAUGAGAAAACGGUAGCAGACAUGCUGGAGCUUGCUAAAAACUAUAACAAAGCUCUUGAGGAUGAGGAAAAAAUGACCCCAGAACAGUUGGCCAUUAAGAAUGUCGGUAAACAAGAUCCUAAGAGACAUUUGGAGGAAAAAGUUGAUGUCCUGAUGACAAACAAUAUUGUUCAAUGUUUGGGUGCUAUGCUAGACACCGUGGUGUUUAAAUAAUAUCUGUUUUGUGAACACUUUAUAUAUGUCAUCUCUUAACAUACCUUUUAAUACUUAAUUUAAGAUUUUUGUGAAAUAAAACACUGUAUUUCUUA